AUGCUCGAAGCACGUCUCCAACAAGCCAAGGUUCUCAAGGGUCUUCUCGAGGCUAUCAAGGAACUCGUUACUGAAUGCAACUUUGAUUGUAACGACUCUGGCAUUUCAUUGCAAGCUAUGGACAACUCCCACGUCGCUCUUGUUUCUAUGCUCUUGCGAAGCGAUGGCUUUGAACCUUACCGAUGCGAUCGCAACUUGCCCCUUGGUAUCAACCUCACCAGCUUAAACAAGAUUAUGAAGUGUGCUCGCCCCGACGAUGUUAUGACCAUCAAGGCUGAUGACAAUGGCGAUGUUUUGAGCUUGGUUUUUGAGAGCAAAGAUAGCGACAAGAUCAGUGAAUACGAUCUCAAGCUCAUGGACAUUGACAGUGAACAUUUGGGUAUUCCUGAUACUACUUACGAUGCCGUCGUCACCAUGUCCUCGACCCGCUUUGCAGAAAUUGUUCGUGAUUUGUCAAUGAUGAAUGACUCUGUGACCAUCGAAUGUACCAAGGAAGGUAUCAAGUUUGGCAACGAGGGUGAAAUUGCCAAGGGUUGUGUCACUCUCAAGGCAAACAGCAUGAUUGAUAAUGAGGAUGAUGCUACCACAAUCGAAUUGCAACAAGCUGUCUCCAUGGCCUUCUCCAUCAAAUACCUUGUCAACUUUAGCAAAGCUACUCCUCUCUCGUCCCGCGUCACCCUCAGCAUGUCCGCUGAUGUCCCACUCCAGGUUGAAUACAAGCUUAACGAAGUUGGCUAUAUCCGAUAUUACUUGGCACCCAAGAUUGGCGAAGAGAAUUAG